AUGUCUAAAGCGACGUCCAAGCAAACUUUACUCGGCUUGGUGGAUUCGGAUUCGGACGACGACCUUGGGGCCAGCUUUGCCUCGGUUGAGAACCACGGAUCGUCUGCUUUGAAGAAGAUAUCAGCAAAGAAAAUGCCUCCCAAGAAAGCCGCAAGCCGCCCGGCCGCCAGCAAGGUCACCAAGAAGCCCGCAAAGGCGACGACGCGCCGCGCUAGUGACCGACUCGCCGUCGCCGUGGAAGCCGCCCUCGAAAAUCCUGAUGCGCCGACGGCAACGAAGCCUGGUGCCGACGCCCCAAGAAGGGGCCGCAAGGCCGCGGCGGUGAAGCCCGACGACGCUGUGAUACCUGUGUCACCGCCUAGUAGCGGGGCAGCAAAAGGCAAGGCUGGCCGAGGGCGGCCAAAGGCUGCAGCGGCUGCGAAAAAGAACGCCAAGGAUCAGAAUGCGCCCGAGGAGGACCCCCAGACUACCACAUCUGCACCGGCGAGGAGGGGUAGGAAGCCAGCCGCCAAGGCGCAGAUCGUCGACAACGAAGAGACUCUAGAGAUUCCGGAAACGCAGCAACCGCAGGAUGCCAUGGAUGUUGACGAGGACACGGGGGUGGAGCAGGAAGAGGUCACAGCUAUGGACGACCUGACCGCCAUAUCACCAGUUGGUUCACCGCCUGGUAGGGCCUUGCCGUUGAGCAUGUCGUCUCCCGGCAAGGUUAGGAGCCGACCGACUGCUGUGGCAGAUGCCGACGAAAGCGACUCGUCAUUACGGCGGCGGCUAGGAGACCUUAGCAAAAAGUACGACGCUUUGGAAACAAAGUAUCGUGACUUGCGAGAGAUUGGGGUCAAGGAAGCCGAGCGCACGUUUGACCGUUACAAGAAGCAGAGUGAAGACAGGGCAAAGACUGCCGCCGAUCUGAUUGCCAAACUCAAAGAGGAGCUUGCUUCACAAAAAGAUCUCGCCAGAGAGGGUCAGAGGCAUAAGAAAGAUCUUGAGGCGAAGCAGGCCGAAGCCACGUCCUUGGCGGGUCAAGUGCAAGUCAUGGAGAACGCUUUGGCAGAAGCCAGGAAAGAAAUCAAAACCCUAGCCACGAGGUUGUCGGCGUCCCGAACUGUUGAGGUGCCGCACAGUCUGAAAGUUCCCCCUGGAAGCGCUCUCAAAACUGGAGCUGGCGUGGGCUCUGCUGCGGCUCGAGCUGCUGCCAGCGCCGAAGCUAUCCAAGUUGCACAGGCUGCACAGAUGAAGGAGGACCUGUACGGUGACCUUACUGGCCUGAUAAUUCGUGGUGUCAAGCGGAACGAGGAUGAGGAUGUGUUUGACUGUAUACAGACUGGUCGCAAUGGAAGCGAUGGUCUCCGCGCCGACAAGGCCUUCCAAUCCCACCCAGAGCCCUACCCGAAAACCGAUGACGACCUGACCCCGCGCCCGCUCGCCCCAUUCCUUCGAUCGCGAGUCCUGGAGCAUGGAACAUUUGGCGUCUCGCACACCCGGGUGCCAACAGAGUCGCGGCCUGGCCAUGUUGCGCUGAUCGCAGGACUCUAUGAAGACGUCUCCGCCGUCAUGACGGGAUGGAAGCUGAACCCCGUCAACUUCGACAGCGUCUUCAACCGCAGCAGGCACACCUGGAGCUGGGGCAGCCCGGAUAUUCUGCCCAUGUUUGAAAAGGGCGCUGUGCCCGGCCGUGUGGAUGCGUACAUGUACGAAGCUGAGGAUGAAGACUUUUCGCAGGACGCCACCCACCUCGACUACUGGGUCUUCGACCACGUCGAGGAAAUGUUCACAGAGGCAAAGCACAACGCUACGCUGGCGGAGGCGUUGAGACAAGACAAGGUGGUCUUCUUCCUGCACCUGCUCGGGCUCGACACGGCGGGGCAUUCUUUCCGCCCUUACUCCCCAGAGUACCUGCACAACAUCAAGGUCGUGGACGAGGGCGUCUCCAACAUAACCAGGAUCGUAAACGAGUUCUACGGCGACGACAGGACGGCGUUUGUCUUUACGGCUGAUCAUGGCAUGAGCGACUGGGGCAGCCACGGUGAUGGACACCCGGACAACACCAGGACGCCGCUCAUUGCCUGGGGAUCGGGGGUUGCCAAGCCCAAGAUUGCGGCUGGGGAUGCGCCGGCGGCUGGCCAUGAUGAGUUCUCUUCAGACUGGGGCUUGGACAAGGUCCAGCGCCACGAUGUCGCACAGGCUGACGUUUCGGCGCUCAUGGCAUUCCUGAUCGGCGUCGAGUUUCCCGCGAAUUCCGUUGGUGAAAUCCCUCUCCCGUACCUCAGUGCUAGCAAUAAGGAGAAGGCCGAAGCCACACUUGUGAACGCACAGGGGAUCCUGGAGAUGUACCGCGUCAAGGAGGAGAAGAAGAAGGGCCAAUCACAGCUUCGAUUCAAGCCGUACAAACCGCUGGCAGGAGGGGCGCAAAAUGGUAGCCGUGGGAUAGAGGAGCGCGUCGCAGAUAUCCGCCGACUUAUCGACAACGGCAACCAUGAGGAAGCCAUUGAGGAGUCGGCUGCGCUGAUCAAAGUGGGACUCGAGGGCCUUCGCUAUCUGCAGACAUACGACUGGGUGUUUCUUAGGGCACUGGUCACUAUCGGGUACCUGGGCUGGAUGACGUAUGCGCUCAUGACUGUCCUGGACAUGCACGUGUUGCACGGCCAGGUGCAGCCCGCCAGGGAUGGCAUGGGCUUGGCUGCUUCUACAGCCGUUCUUGUGCUUUUAUACGCAUCAUUCAUCGCGUCUGGGUCACCGCCCACGUACUACGCGUAUGCAUUCUUCCCCGUGUUCUUUUGGGAAGAAGUGUACGCUCGUCGUCAGAGCCUUGUGCAAGGACGUAGGCUGCUGUUCGCCCAUAUAAAACCUGGGGCCAGCCUUGCAUCUUUCUUGCUCAAUGCUGCAGUCUAUGUCGCCGUCAUUGUUUCUCUGGCUCAUGGAUACAUCCACCGCGAGGUCCUCACAGGUCUGUUCAUACUUGGUGCUUUCUGGCCGGCAUCUUAUGGCAUCUCAUUCCUGCAAGAGCACGCCAUACUCGCCGGAACGUGGUUUGCAUCUUGCCUGGGCAUGAGCACUUUUACUUUGCUCUCGGCCAUCAAGGUAGAGAACCUGGAUCUCAUUCUCAUCGGAGGAGCUUUGAUGACUGUGAUUGGCCUCGCAUACUUGUUGUUGGAGUCCCUCGUCCUGAGAGAUUUCUCGUCACAAACACCACCUCCGCCCAAGAAGCACGUGAACAGAGCUCUUGUUGGCGCCCAAAUCGGCCUCGUUGUUCUGGCAAUGCUUGUAACGCGCUCAACUGUGAUAGCCCUGAAGGCCAAGAAAGGCCUUCCUUUGGGCAACCAGGUUGCUGGCCUGUUUGUUCUGAUCUCCUCUUUUAUCCUGCCAAUUGCCUACAGGGUUGAGCCCAACAACCACUACCUCCAUCGUCUAAUGGUUGCGUUCUUAACAUUUGCGCCGACAUUUGUUAUCCUUACAAUAUCCUACGAGGGACUCUUUUACGUCGCAUUCUGUAUCACACUGGUUGCAUGGGUGCGCCUUGAGCACGCGGGGCACAUUUACUCCUCGCGACAGGCUGCCGCCGGGAAAAAGAUGAGUUCCAACGGAGCAACGACUGUUGUAGCCGCACAAUCAUCAGAUGAGCCGGGUGCAGCUACGAACAAGUACAGAGCUCUCACGCUGACAGACGCCCGCGUGGCUUUGUUCUUCUUCGUGCUGCUGCAAUCGGCAUUCUUCAGCACUGGCAACAUGGCAUCGGUGUCGCAGUUCAGCCUGGAGAGCGUCAACAGGAUCCAGCCGAUAUUCGACCCGCUGACGCAAGGUGUACUCCUGACUCUCAAGCUCCUGGUCCCCUUCGCGAUCUUGUCUGCGAACGUGGGCGUGCUGACCAGGAGGUUGGGCGUUGCACCAUCGGCGCUCUUUAUGCUCGUCAUCGCUGUAAGCGACUUCCUGACGCUCUACUUCUUCUGGGUCGUCAAGGAUGAGGGGUCGUGGCUGGAGAUCGGGUCGACCAUUAGUCACUUUGUCAUUGCGAGCAUGAUGUGUGUUUUUGUGGCGCUCCUAGAGGGUGUCAGCGCCUUGUUUGUGGCUGGUGUAAAGGUGUCCGAGGAGGGUAGGAGUGGGGGCAGACGUGCUGUUGAUGCGAAAGCAGAGCCUGCUGCUGCAACGUCUAAUGGCAAGGCAGCUACAAAAGCGCUCAAUGGUUGA